GACCUGAUCUCUUCUGAGCUACUUGCAGACUCUGGGCCAUUGAGACGUUGACUUUGACAGACAGUUACCAUUCAUUCCUUGGGAUCAUAACUGCCCUUUCUCUCCCCAUCACCUCCUGCACUGCCCUUCCCUUUAAUAAAACUCCAGUGUGUCACGGUCCUGCUAUGGAGCCCAGAGAGUCUUUGGGCAGCUCCCGUCAAAGGGGAGGUGAGGCGGAUUUUCUGCCAGCCUCUGUGUCCUCUGCCAAACCACCGUCUGCCUCCAGCUGCACAGGGGAGACAGUGCUGCCGACAGCUGGCUCGGGGAAAGGGAUUCCGGUGAGCGGGGAACGUAUGGAGCCUGAAGAAGAGGAUGAGAUGGGUUCUGGGAGAGAUGUGGAUUCCACUUCCAAUGCAGACAGCGAGAAGUGGGUGGCAGGAGAUGGACUGGAGGAGCAGGAGUUUUCCAUCAAAGAGGCAAACUUCACAGAGGGGAGUUUGAAACUAAAGAUCCAGACGACCAAGAGAGCGAAGAAGCCCCCAAAGAACUUGGAGAACUAUAUUUGCCCACCAGAGAUCAAAAUCACCAUCAAGCAGUCCGGGGAGCAGAAGCUUUCCAGAGCUGGGAAAAAUAGCAAAGCUGCUAAAGAAGAAGACAGAGGACACUCCAAAAAGAAAGGAAAAGUCAUUGGAGAUGCAAAACUGCUCAUGAGCUGUGGUUGCAGAAAAGGGAAAAAUGCUCAAAUGAAAGACUCAGAUCAG